CCGACAUAUUCUCUGUUGUUCUCUACGUUUGGCUUGUGAUCAGCCAUAUUGUGACACCUAUACCAUCUCUUCGUCGAAACUCAUCACCCUCUUUCGGCCUGAUCAGACUCGCUUUCUCCCCCAACGUCUUGCCCCUCCCCCCGCCAGCAGCCUGUCCUUACCAUCAACAGACAAGAUGACCGCAAUACCAUCCGACAUGGCUGGCAAGCUAGACGUGAUCCUCGAGAAACUCACGAAGCUGGAACACGGACAGACCGAUCUACGGCAGAAUCACAACUCGCUGAGCUCUACCGUGGAGUCUAUCAACGGACGUGUCAAUGCCCUAGCUGGUGUCAAGCAGGCGCAGAAUGGGAUUGCUCACGAUGCGAGCUAUCCAAGCCCUCAUCUAGGCCCCAGCAGUCCGAAGCUUGCCCCCCAAGGACUUGCGGAGCGAGACAGCAUUGGUUCGAAUGACGCACUGGUUAAGGAUGCCAACAGCACUUCUACCGAGCAGGCAGCCUCACCUUCAGCCCGACGACCCAGCACGGUCACUUCAAAGAUCAUCCUCACCUCGUAUCCUGGUCAAGCAGGUGUAGAUCCUGCGCCUAUGGAAUGGGGCUCACGCGAUGCAGCCAAACGUGGUCCAGUAGUAGUCUCACGCAAUCCUUCUACCAUUCGGCGACGUAAUGCGAUUGGGGCUCACGGAGGCUCGUACAGUAUCUAUUACGCACUUGCAGUCGCGAGUAAGCAGAUGGACACUGAUCACAAGCCUGAUUUCACCAACACUGAGCCCGCUGCGGAUAUCGGACCGUUUCCUGCAUGGUAUGACCCCAAGAAAAUCGUUGCAAUGGAUCCUUGGGGACAUCUCGCACCGUGGUUGUACAAUGACUACAUCAAGAACGAGAAUGUCGAGAUUCGACCCACGAUCGCAGUGACUAAAGCGCAUAUGAUCUUGCCCGAACUUGCCGAAAGUGUACGCAAAGGUCGCUUGGUACCCGACGGAAAAAUCUGCCUGAACGAAUCUGGCGAGCUGAAUGUCACCAAAUUCGCAGUGGAGCCGACAUGGUAUCUACCCGGUGUGGCGGAACGUUUCGGCAUUGACGAGGGUAGUCUACGACGAUCGCUGUUCGAACAUACUGGUGGUAGCUACCCUGAGCUCAUCACUAGAAACGACAUCAAGCUGUUCCUUCCCCCGAUCGGAGGCCUCACUGUGUACUGCUUCGGGGAUCCGAAGAAGAUGAGCGACCCGAACUCCAAGCUUGCCCUGCGUGUGCACGAUGAGUGUAACGGGUCGGAUGUGUUUGGGUCAGACAUCUGCACGUGCCGGCCAUACUUGAUCUUUGGUAUCGAGGAAGCAGUGAAAGAAGCACAAAGAGGGGGUAGCGGCGUCGUCAUCUACUUCCGCAAGGAAGGUCGUGCGUUGGGCGAGGUCACCAAGUACUUGGUGUACAAUGCACGCAAGCGUGGUUCCGACAAGGCCAGUGAGUACUUCAAGCGAACCGAGAAUAUUGCUGGAGUGAAGGACAUGCGCUUCCAAGCGCUCAUGCCCGACAUUCUGCAUUGGCUCGGCAUUACUAAGAUUGACCGGAUGCUGUCCAUGUCCAACAUGAAGCAUGAUGCCAUUGUCGAGCAAGGCAUUCCGAUUCACGAGAGAGUGCCAAUUCCAGACGAGAUGAUUCCGGAGGAUAGCCGAGUUGAGAUUGAUGCCAAGAUUCAUGCUGGCUACUUCACCAACGGAAAGAUCAUGACGGUCGAAGAGCUCGACAACGUGCAAGGCCGAGCCUGGGAAGAUGUCGAUCAUUGAUGACCACGUACUUGGACAUAUGCAGAACUUGUCGUGACAAGCGAGGUCCAGAGCAAGGAAGCACUUCGAUACAGGUUUCAGCCCUUUUGGAAGUGCAGAUCAUAGAGCCCACCAGCUCAGAAGAAAAAGUGCGUGCAGCACAUGGGUGAGACUGUAGAUCCUCCCUUUCCUCAUGAUCAACGUAAGCCGCGUGAGCAUGAGCGUGAGAGUGAGCGUGAGCGCAAGAGAUGGAAAAAUAGGGUGUGUGAUGGAGAUGACGAGGACGACGAAAACGACGACGACAAUGAUGAUGAUGGUGAUGAUGAUUACCUUCAGUAUUAUUGCACUACCAAUGCCCAUCAACUGCUCCAAAGAGUGAAAUUUUCC